AAAAUCUACGGAAACGUGCGACUCAACUUCACUGCAUCUACUCAACCCCCCAUUCUGCACCUGGCUAACCAGGGGAACCAAUGUGAUCACACCAGGGAUAUUUAUACGAGAAUCUCUCUCCAAAUCAACACAACAGCAAUCAGAUAUCUUCCAAUUGAGCCUUGUUCAGCCAGGAAACUUGAUUGUUGUCUGUCAGGGUUCCUCCUGCUAUCUUCUAAAUUCAUCAGAAGAUCCUACAGCCAUUUUAAUUAGUCAGAAUUCUGAGAACUUAAGAAAUUGGGCUACAAUGAUGGAUACUUUGAAUGAAGAGUUGAGUUGUUCGCCCCCUAAGCGGUUGGCAGAAGCUGUGAAGAAUGAAGGCAGGAAGACUGCAGGUACUCUGAAUGUUUACACUCUUCCUCUGGAAGCCCAGUACAUGAAUGUUGAGGGAUGCAAGUGCUUCUCAUUUGGAAAAGACUUAGGUAAAAAGAACCGCACCAUCAUGGUUCUAGGAGCCACUGGGGCGGGGAAGUCCACCCUGGUCAACAGGAUGAUCAACUACAUCUUGGGGGUCACAUGGGACGAUACCUUUAGAUUCAAGUUGGUAGACGAAGGCACGGCCAAGUCUCAGGCUCACAGCCAGACCUCUGAAGUCACCGUGUACAAGCUCAACCACCGAGAGGGCUUCAAGAUCGACCACUCCCUGACUAUUAUUGACACUCCGGGUUUCGGAGACACAAGAGGCAUAGAGAGCGACGGGGUGAUUGUAACUCAGCUACAAAGCCUUUUCUCAGCUGAAUGUGGAGUCCAAGAUAUUGAUACCAUCUGCAUCGUGGCCCAAGCGUCUCUCGCUCGGCUUACACAAACCCAGCAAUACGUCUUCGACUCAGUGAUCAACAUAUUUGGCAACGAUGUGACGGACAACAUCCGGAUUUUGGUGACAUUCUAUAAUGGCACAGAUCCUCAGGUUCUCACGGCGAUCAAUGAGUGUGGGCUCCCAUGUCCUAAAGAUAAAAAUGGUUUACCAAUUCACUUCAAUUUCAAUAACGCUGACAAAAAGAUACCUGUUGCAAAUAACGAAGAUGGGAACAAUGACGAUGAUGAAAAUGAUGUGGACAUGGGUAAAAUAUUUUGGAACAAGGGAACAAAAAACAUGGAAAAUUUCUUUUCUGCUCUGAAAGUCAUUCAGACCAAGAGCUUGACCUUAACCAAGGAGGUGCUCAGACAAAGAGCUCAGCUGGAGAUCUGCAUUGAAAAUAUCCAGAAUAAAAUGGAAUUGUCCUUAGCUAAACUUGACGAGAUUAAGCAAGAAUCUCAAAUUCUCCAAAGCCACGAAGCGGAGAUUUCAGCCAAUGAGAAAUUUGAGUAUGAGGUCCCAGUCCAAAAGCCUGUUCAAGUUAAAGACAAAGAUAAAUCACUUAACUGUAAUACUUGUAAUGUCACUUGCCACAAAUAUUGCAGUACAUCAUUUGGUGCUUGUUACUUUUGUGAGAUCUUUACCGGACAUUUUUAUGCCGCAAGAUGUAAAGAAUGUAAGUGUUCUGUACCGGACCAUAGCCGUGAUCUGUUCUAUUGGGGUUCCGUGAAAGUGAUGGAGAAACGAAGUUUCGCGAACCUGAAAGAAAAGUUUCAGAAAGCCAUGUCUGUUGGAGACAUCAUCAAAGAGAAGACAUUGGAGCGCGACCUCCUAGAGGACGAGGUGGUCAAACUGAUGGAGCGCGCAAACGAGAGUCAAAACUCCCUGAAGCAGAUCGCUCUGAACCCCAAUCACCUCUCAACAUCUGAAUACAUCGACCUGCUGAUAGAGGGACAGAAGAAAGCGGCAGAACCUGGUUACCAGGAGCGCAUCAACAAACUCCAGGGCAUGAAGAAGAAAGCCAUUAUGAGGGGAGGGUUGCUAGCGGGGCCCCGGUAGACUCAAUGUGGGGGCAGGACAGUCCAUUGGUCAGUACCUCUCUGCGCGCUAAAGGGACUGGGUUCAUUGAAUAGCAUGUGUUAACAUAUUAAAGCUUUUGAUUUGAUUUAAUUACAAGGUUGCUCCUGAUGAGAAUUAACAGAGUAAUGAAAUAGCUAGAAAUUAAACAAUUUUUUUUUAUUAUUAUAAUAUAAAAUUAUUGGGUCACCAAAUGGCAGAGUAAAAUGUAUACAUACGCUAACUGUGACUUAAUUUUCCUGAUUAAAAUAGGAGUUUUUGUUGCACUCUCUCUUUCUCUCUUCUGUGGAACCUUGACCUGACAACCUGUUUGCUCUCUGGCUGAGAAAACUUUGAGUGAGACUUCUGUGAUUCGCUCACUCUCGAUCACAAUGUUGAAAUGAAAAAUAAGUUUAUUACCCUGAUUGUGUUUUUGUUUAUUUUGCUCUGUGUACUUUAUAUGAUUGGCUGCACUCCCAACUCCAGCUUGAACACUGAGUCACUGAGUGUUUUCAAUAACUGCUUCCUUGUACUAAUUUUUCAAAUUAAUUGUCCAAAUUCGUACGUGUACUGUGAUUGUACACGUGUACU